AUGGAUGACUUCGUCAACAACAAUCUGAUAUGUCGUUUCGGUGUGCCGGAAUCUAUCAUCACGUACAAUGGUGCCAAUAUGAACGACCAUUUGAUAAAAGACAUCAGUGAACAAUUCAAAAUCACUCACAGGAACUCUACCGCCUAUCGGCCACAGAUGAAUGGAGCCGUCGAGGCUGCCAACAAGAACAUCAAAAGGAUUUUGAGGAAGAUGGUCGACAACUACAAGAAUUGGCACUAUCAGCUGCCUUAUGCUCUGUUAUGGUACAAAACAACAACCAAAACUUCCACCAGGGAAAACCCAUACCUCCUCAUUUACGGUAAAGAAGCGGUCAUACCCGCAGAAGUGGAAAUCCCUUCACUCAGGAUCAUCCAAGAGGCAGAGCUAAAAGAUGCAGAAUGGGUUAAGAAUCGUUAUGAACAGUUGGCCAUGAUAGAGGAAAAGAGAAUAGCGGCGGUAUGCCACGGACAGUUGUACAGACAAAGGAUGUCUAGAGCCUUAAACAAGCGGGUUAGAACUUUACUUUUCCAGAUUGGACAACUCGUGCUCAAGUGA